AUGCCAUCACAAAACCUUCUAUCCUAUGAUCUACUUACAACUAUGUUCAACUUGAACGAUCCCCAUCAUCUAUUAAAACUUUUGAAAAAUUCACUAAUCAAUAUACAAGACAAUGAAAAGGAAGAAGCAAGUGUAGAUCAAAUUAAGGAAUUGAUGAAAAUGGAAAAAUGGAUGAAUCUGAAGAGAACUUCCUUGAAGACCAAAAUAGAGAAGGCCGAGAAGAAGGCGUCGUCGGAGUUCGGUGCGUUAUUCUUCUUCUUUAUUUUAUUGUCAGCGAUCAUCGUAUACUUGAUCUACACUGGCCAAUCAAUAUCGCUUGCAUCAAGAUUGUGGCUUAGCGCUGGCGGGAUUUUCUUAUUGAGUUUUGUAGGGCUGUGCUGUCAAAUGAUGUGUAAUUUUGAAGAACUUUCAUUGAAAAAAUUCAAAAGCAUGAGUAUAGGAGAAAACGAUGAUGAUGAUGACGAUUUCGAAUACCAGAGAAAUUUCGAAAAAGUAGAAGUCUUUGAGUCACUGAUGAUGUUUGAACUGAGAAAUCGACAUGUGGAUCUUAUCGAUUCUUUUAUCGACACAAUCAAUCCAUUGAAACAAAAAGCGAAAGUUUGGAAGAAUCGAGAGAGAAUUCAGAUGCUCCUCUUCAUCAUCCUAUUCGCAACGUAUUUCCUUUUUCGAGUCGUCCACUCCUCUCUACAACUAUUUCCAUUCCAGAAUAACGUUCAACCAGUUAUCAUUUUUAUCGAGACAAUUAAUUUAAUUUUCUUCGGACUUUUCUUCAUCUCUGCAAUUCAUGGGAUGUACCAGGAGAACUCGAAAUUCUUGAAAAAGACGUUUUGUUUGCCUGAAGAAGAAUUGAAUCACGUUGAGAAGAUUGUUUGA